AUGGUAGAUUGGCAGCCGCCCCCUGAUUCCGGGGGUUAUUUACUUACACAGCUUAAUAUUGGGCUGAUUGUAAUCACUUCGGUCUUCGUCAUCACACGAUUAUACACACGCAUUUUCUUACUUCGAUCCCUGGGGUGGGAUGACUUGAUGGCAACGAUCGCAUGGAUUGGAGUUAUUUCGAUCUCAUAUCAGGGAAUUCUCGCUGUCAAGCGGGGCUUAGGCACGCAUAUAGACCAAAUCCCUCCCGAGGCGCUAGAUAAACUCUACAAGGUAUAA